AUGGAUCCAAACGCAACCAAUCAAACUGUUGACCAGAUCAGUACAGAAAUAAGCGAUCACGAACUCGAUUCAAAUCGUUGCGCGGACAGCGCGGUUCAGGAUCAUGCGACACAAAUUUACCGAAGUAAAAUGGCCAGAAAAACCGCAAAAGCUAACGUCACGCGUAAAAUAAAUGAGAUCGCCGAGUUAGUUAAGGAUGUUAAUAACUUGGAACGUGUUCAGAGCGUAUAUUACGAUUUUGAAGAAUCUUUAAGAAAAUUUACUUUGGCACAUGGAAAUUAUCACGCAAAUUUAACUGAUGAAGAUGACGUACAGGAAUCGGAAGCUUAUUAUAGUGUUGAAGUACGCAGAACAUCUGCAUUUAAAGAUAGGAUAAAAACUUGGCUUGAAAAUAACGAAUUCUGUCAUAAAAACGUAACGGAACAAUUUAAUGAAAUUAGACCUAGCGAUUCCGUGAGUAAUAUUUGCAGUCGCACAGACUGCGGUUCAAAGUCUUCACGCAAGUCAAAAGUUGUACGCUCUGAUAUCGGUUCAAUGAGUUCUCGAGUCUCCAGUAAGGGUUCAGCGUUUAGCGCAAAAGCUGCUGCUGCCGCAAGAAAGGCA